AUGUCGAUCGUUGAAGCUUCAUCAUCUGCUCAGACUUCUUCUGCUGCUCUCCACAGCACCAAAGCAGUUUCAAAAGCAGGAAAUGUUUCUACUUUUGUCGAAAAACGUCCUACCUCAAAUUUAACUACUAUUGAUACUUUAGGUAAUGAAUUCAAAGUUCCUGAUUUCACCAUUAAAGAUAUCUUAUCUGUGAUUCCAAAACAUUGUUAUGAAAGAUCUUUAAUCAAAUCAUUAGGUUAUGUUGCUCGUGAUAUCAUUCUGAUGGUUGUUAUUGGUUAUAUUGGUCAAACUUUGAUUCCUCAAGUUAAUUUUGAAGGUCAAGAAUCAUUAUCUCAAUAUGUUAGAGGUGGUUUAUGGUGUUUCUAUUCUUACCUUUUAGGGUUAUUUGGAUUUGGUUUAUGGAUCUUAGCUCAUGAAUGUGGUCAUGGUGCCUUUUCUGAUUAUUCCAAUGUUAAUGAUUUCAUUGGUUGGGUUUUACACUCUUAUUUAGUGGUUCCAUAUUUUUCUUGGAAAUAUUCUCAUUCAAAACAUCAUAAAGCUACUGGUCAUAUGAAUAAAGAUAUGGUUUUCAUUCCAUAUACUAAAGAAGAAUUUGUUAAAGCUCGUGGUGUUGAAUUUGUUUCUGAAUUAAUGGAAGAAUCUCCAAUUUAUAGUUUAUCAGUAUUAAUUUUCCAACAAUUAGGUGGUUUACAAUUAUAUUUAGCUUCAAAUGCUACUGGUCAAAAUUAUCCUGGUUAUAAUUUCAUUGCAAGAUCUCAUUAUGCUCCAAGUUCUCCAGUUUUCGAUCCUCAUCAAUAUUGGUAUAUUAUCUUAUCUGAUAUUGGUAUUAUUACCACUUUUACUGUCGUUUAUCAAUGGUAUAAAAACUUUGGAUUCUUCAAUAUGUUUGUUAAUUGGUUCAUGCCAUGGUUAUGGGUUAACCAUUGGUUAGUGUUUGUUACCUUUUUACAACAUACUGAUCCAACCAUGCCUCAUUAUCGUGAUAGUGAAUGGACUUUUGCCAGAGGUGCUGCUGCUACCAUUGAUCGUAAUUUUGGAUUUGUAGGUCAACAUAUUUUCCAUGAUAUUAUUGAAACUCAUGUUUUACAUCAUUAUGUUUCAAGAAUUCCAUUUUAUAAUGCUAGAGAAGCCACUGAAGCUAUUAAAAAAGUUAUGGGUGAACAUUAUAGAUAUGAUGGUGAAAAUAUGUGGAUUUCAUUAUGGAAAUGUAUGAGAAGUUGUCGUUUUGUUGAUGAUGAUAAAGAUGAUGCUAAGGGUGUAUUAAUGUUCAGAAACACCAAUGGAAUUGGUGUGAAACCAAAAGAUUAA